CUGCAUUCUUGCUUGUCUCAUCAUGGCGACCGAUCUUGCCAUUUUUCACCCUACACCGAUCAGAGCUUCUUCUUUUGGAAAAUCUGAACCUAAUCGCCGGAAGGCCACCGCGCCGAAGUGGUGGUCUCCGAUCUUCGGCUGGUCGUCUGAACCAGACUACGUCGAUUCUUCCUCCGCGGAACAGCCAGUUCAGAAUGCUAAUCCAAAGCUCGAUAGUGGACGAGCCAAAUCUAGAUUCUCGCUUGGAUGUUUCACGGAGGAGAAAGCGAAAAAUGCUCUGAAUGAAAAUGCUGGAGAACUCCCUUUCCAUGACAUUAUGUAUCAUUCGGCGAUUGCGUCCCAUCUCGCUUCCAAUUUGUCGGAUCGAAGCAAGAAAUAGAUCUACGAGCCUUGGCGCAGUGAAGUAUUGUAUUGUGUUUUCGGAAAUCAGUAUCUGUGCUGCCUUUUUCUGUAAAUCGUCGCAACGAAAAAUUUGGGGAAGGAAGUGAAUCUUUCUUUCCUAAAUGAAUUUGCCUCUUCUUUUGCCUUUUAGAUCGUGUAGAUUAGGGAAACUUCAUACCUACAGCAACUAUUUUGCAUCUCUUUAUCGAUUGACGACGAUUGAUUUAGUAUUGUUUUUUUGUUAUAAUCAGUCUAUUUGCAUCAUAGAGACGGUUGCAGAUGAAUCAUACAUCUUGAUGUUG